AUGGGGAAGGGCAAGCCUGCGGCAGUGCUUGCGCUGCUCGCCGUCAUAGUCGUCAUCGCUGGGAGUCCCCUGCGGGCGUCAUCGCAGGCAGCAGACGCGGCAUCGAGUAAGGCGGCGAGCGAGGAUGACCAAGUGGUUGGCACGCGGAUGACGAUCAACGGCCGCUCUCUCACCUUCAACGCGCUCCGCUGUGCCGCCAUUCCAGCUGGCGGCGGGACGAGGAGGGUGCAGGUGUCGUGGCAGCAGGAAGGCGAGGCGGAUUGCAAGGCGAUUCAGUUUUUCAAGAGUCCCAAGUGCACGGGGAAGGCGAUGGACAGUGUCGCGCAAGGCAAGCAGAGGUCCAAGCCCCUCCGCAAGGCAGUCAAGUCCGCCCGCUGCAUCACUGGCGCCACCAGCAGCAGAGCUUCUGACCGCAACACCAAAGCUGCUGACGACAACACCAAAGCUGCUGACGGCAACACCAAAGCUGCUGACGGCAACACCAAAGCUGCUGACGGCAACACCAACGCUGCUGACAGCAACACCAAAGCUGCUGACGGCAACACCAAAGCUUCUGACCGCAACACCAAAGCUGCUGACGACAACACCAAAGCUGCUGACGGCAACACCAAAGCUGCUGACGGCAACACCAAAGCUGCUGACGGCAACACCAAAGCUGCUGACGGCAACACCAAAGCUGCUGACGGCAACACCAACGCUGCUGACGGCAACACCAAAGCUCCUUCUGAGUACCCAGACGCAGAGAGUUCAAGCACCGGCGUGUGUGGCUUCGACAGAGUCAACGGGUGCUUGGUAGGCACGUGCAUCGACCGCGGCACCGAAGACUCUACCUGCGUCUGUCUGCCCAACCACCGCUCUCAUGGCAGCUACUGUGAUCAGGAUUGGGAACCCAUUUCGUCCAUCACAGUCGCAGGCAGCGUCUGGAGGUGCAAGGACGUGUACACCAUGUAUGGCCUCACGCAGAAGCAGUUCACCUCCAUGAACCCGGGUAUCGACUGCUCUGCUCUCCUCCCUCAGGGUCGCGAGCUCGUGGUGAAAGAGCUUCUGCCAGCCUGCUCUGCCUUCUACUACACGCAGCCGGCCGACACAUGCUCGUCCGUGGCUCAGUUUCUCAGCAUCACCGAGGACAGCCUGCAGCAGCUCAACCCCGGUGUUAGCUGCUCCUCUCGCCUCCUUGCGUUCCGCGCUCUGUGUGUGGAGCGCGACCCAGCUAAAGCCAGGCCGAGAUGUGUCAAGGAGAUACAGAUCGGCCGAGUGGUGAACUUCACGCAGGUGGCGGCAUCCCAUGGAGCCACAAUGGUGGACCUCUGCAGGCUCAACCCCUGGAUCUCCUUCCGUGAUUCCCUGCGCGACAUUGAUGGUCUUUGUGUGGCUGCUCAUUACACAUGA